AUGGAGCGAGGACGGCUGCUGUCGCACUGCUGGGCUUUGUUGUUUCUCCACUCCUCCCUGACUGCUGCUGCAGACCUCGUAAACAUCACAGCUGAAUCUGGACAGAACGUCACUUUGUCAUGCAGAGCCAACAACAACAACCUCGUCACAUUUCUUGAGUGGAGCAAACAUGGUCUUAGGAAAGGAUAUUUACUUUUGUACCGGGAUGAGCGGUUUGAUCUAGAGAACCAGCAUCCAUCGUUUAAGAACCGAGUGGAGCUACAGGACAGACAGAUGAAGGAUGGAGACGUGGCGUUGAUACUGAAGGAUGUGACGCUUGAUGACCGUGGAAGUUACGAGUGUCGUGUUGAGACAAAAAUGAACCGCAAAAAGAGAGCGAAUCAGGAUGACGACCCCAUCAUCAUCAUCAGCCUGAAUGUUGUUCCUCCAGGGCAGCCGGGAGGUGACGAGGAGGAUGGAGGGAAGAAGGGACAAAGAAGUCGUAACAGUAUUCUCAUUGUGGCAGUUCCCACUGUUCUUGUCUUUGGUGUUCUUGCUGUACAGAUCUACACAAAACGCAAAAGACAAAUUCAGGGUCCAGAUGACUACCAGCCUCCUUCUGAAGUGAUGACUAUUUGAAAUGUCUCAGAUUCUACAGCUUCUACAGUGUCCUGAUGAUGCUUCAAAUCCUCUCAUCAACUGUGUGUAGAAAAUCAGCCCGACUCAGUAAACAUGCUCAAUGGACUGUACAGUCCAUUGAACAUGUCCCGUGGUACAUAUUGCAACUCCCUUAUUCACCAAGGGUCGCUAAAAAUGUCAUUUCUACACCAGCUUCUCUUCCUGACACCACCCAUCAGGGACCUUUGUUUGGGCUCGCCCUUUUGGGCCAUGGAGACCCUGAAGGGGAAUUCUGCGGACACAUGUGAGCACAUAUGUUUGCUUUGAAAUGAGAUGCAUCUGAUACAGGGAUAGUGGGAGGUCUUUGUGCUCACAGUGGGGUUUAUGGUUUGAAGAGAGGUGUAAGUAAUGGAAACAGCUGCUGUGCAGACACCGUCACAAAGUGCUAACUGACACGUUAUCUCUUACUGACUGAGAGGAAAGUCCAGAGCAAACCCUAGUGUGGGAGUCAAAUGUCCACCUGGAAUCAUAUUUUUAAACGAUAAAUAAUAAUACAGCUGCAUAAUAGUGUUUUUUCUGAGCCAUGUACACAUGGCAACAAUGCAACUGUGUCCUGCCCAUUAAACACUCUGUUUAUAGUUACAGUGAAAACAUUGGUUGCUAGGGUGAGGUGGAUAAUCUGCUGUUGUUCCUGUUACUCUACCUCUGUCACAUGAGGUAAAAACUCAACAUAGAUAAACAGAUUUUCUCACUAAGAUUUCCUGCUGAGAAAAACUACAGCAAUAUGACUUAUUUGAAGUCUUUAAACGCAAACUAAAUGAGCUUCAGUGUUUCCUCCCUCAUGAAUUAAAAGUGAUCACGUUGUCGCUUAAUUCAUAGUGACCAAAUAGUCAGCAUGGCUGAGGAGCUCAUUAUGUAAAUUAAUAUUACAUGUGUACAUGUGGGGCGAUCGUGGCUCAAGAGUUGGGAGUUCGCCUUGUAAUCGGAAGGUU